AUGAGCUCUGAGGCAGAGAAAGCCCGAAAGUAUCUGCAGGAAAAGGAGAUCCCGUUGAUCUUCGAAAGUCUAAUGACUGGCUUGAUGUGCAAUAAGCCUGAUGAUGCCAUUGAUUUCAUGAUGUGCGCGCUGUACGCAUUGAAGACGGACCCAACUAUCAAACUGACUUGGGAAACGUUCGUCGAGAAACCGCCACCUUCGGUAUCUCUAACAGCUAGAAAAUCUACACCUGUCGGCGAGAUCGCUCACGUAGACGUAGUCGGUUUGCUGUCUAAGGCAAUUGAAAAAUAUGGCGAGAGUCAUGAUGAAUGGAAAGAGGCGAAGGCACAGUUUUCACAAGGCUACUUCGUCGCUACGCAAUCAUUAGUCAAGUUGAUAAGGUCAAAGCUGAUCGGUCAGGUGUGCCAGGCGAUCAUAGUUGAUUACGACCAAAACGAACUGAAAAAUCAGUUGUCGACCAAGUAUUCUGACGAAGCCAUGCGCAGCGCUUGCUUAGAGUCGUACAUUUCCGGAAUCCUGAAUGCCACAAAGUAUUUUGACGAGCGGCAACUGCUAACUAUAAUUCCAGGAGAGCAGACUGACGCUGCCAUACUUGAACAACUCCAUAACGCGAUAAAAAAGUCAGUCGAGUUUGCAGAAGGUACGAAAGACAGGGAGGCAGAGCAAGUCGAGCAGCCAAUAAAAGGAUCGAGAACCAGCACCGCGCGGAGCGACUCGAAGAUCAUUUCCCCUGACGAAGCAGCGGUUGUCGCAAUGGCUCCUGAGGAAGCAUCUGAACAGGCACCGGAAUCGUCUCAAAAGAACACACCAUCAGAAUCAGGAGAACCGGCAGUAGAUAGUGCUUUAGAGCAGGAUCAGAGCAAACAAAAAAGUGUCACGGAAUAUCAAGCGGAGAAGAAGUCGCCAACAUCCGUGGCCGCACAACAGCAACCUGUUUUCGAAAGGCCACCAGUUGUUCUAGUGGUCGGAGCACCAGGCAGCCUAAAAUUGUCGUACUGUGACAAAUUGGCGCAGAAGUACGAAGGUUUCGUGCUGCUCAGCAUGGGCAAACUGCUUGCUCAAGCGAUAUCUGAGCAUCCGAAUGAUGAGAGCGUAUGUCAAGCGGUCUUGAGCGAAGCGCUGCUUCAAGUGAAGAAUGCCUGGGGCUACAUAAUCGAAGGCUAUCCACGAGAUCUUUUGCAAAUGCAUGAUUUGGACAAAAUGGUAAGAUUACACUAGGG